AUGUUGUCUGCACAUCUGUGUUGUUGCUGUCCUCAAUCGCCACCAAUCACACCAUCGGAUGUUAAAGAAUUCUUCGAGUCAAUCAAUCCGAAGAGCGACUUUAACAAUGACGGCGAUGCAUUGGAGACGUACCUAUACGAGAAAUCGCUCAAAGUGCAGCCGAAGGAAGGCGAUAAAAUACCGGACGUGAAGCCGAAACGUUCUCUGCACGUGCUGAAGUCACCAGGUAUCAAACCACCGAAAACGAACCACUACACCAGCCAUCAUCAUGCCGCCACCAGCUAUAGCACCCAGUCGUCGACGGCACCCAGUACGCCGAAAGGUGAUGGAGACGGGUGA